AUGGAGCGCAUCUACGGCAAUCACGAAGCGCAAAAGCAGAGCAACAGGCCAAUGCAGCAGCAGCAGAGUCGCCGCCCGCCGCCCAGGAACGGCCAGAACCAUUUCCCACCACCCAGUGCCGUGCCGAGCUACGCGAGCAGAAACCUGCCGCCCCUACCGCCCAAAUCGGCAUCCUCAUCGUCGUCCGUGUAUAACUCGGAAGGGUCCUGCCGAGCGACGCCGAGCCGCUUCCAUCGACAUGAGUCGCCGCUAUUCAUGUACAGCGGCAGCAGAGCCGGCAGUGGGGGGAGUGGUGGUGCCGAUGCCGGUUUCGAGGGGUCUGUCAAUGAGGAUGGCAUGGCCAUGAUUCGACCACCGGGGAUGAGUAUAGUCACACACUUCAGUGAGCGGCAGCAACAGAAGCAAGAUACUGUUAUACAUUCGCCGCGGCCGAGACAUCCCGACCACAAGAUCGUCAAGGAUCUCGAACAAAACGACGAAGGGUGUGUCGAUGUGAGCCCCAUCCUAUCUCCGCCGACGGGGACCUUUUCGUACCAGGCACAUGAGGUCUCGCCGCUGACGCCCGAGGAUUCGUCGUCGUUUAGGAGCUUUGGACAGCAAACCGUCUCAGAGCUUGAUCACGAAGCCGACCAAUAUCAACGCUGGACAACGAUGGGGGGAGGCGGCGUCGAUUCCGGCUCGAGACGACAGUCGGGAUGGGAGGAUAUACCACCGGCAGCGUCACACUCGUCGCUAGGAUUUCACCCCAUUUCGACCGAGGAGGAUAAGACGAAGAAGAUGAUAUCAAAAACGUCCAAACCCCAUCAUGGUCAUUACCAGCCGCAUUUCCGCCAUAGCGACCCGGGGAGCCCCCUCGUUGAGACUUCUUCUUCACCUCCCACCACCAACGCAACAGGAGGAGGUCAAGGAGCGUUUAUGCUGGCAGCGCCCAAGCCGUAUCUCAAGACGUCAGCCUGGCGUCCAGAUCAGUAUCCACGGCCUCGGAGCGAAAACAACUAUACAAAACCUACAACCACGAGAGCGCCAGUAGUAAACACAAAGAUGCCCAUGACCGAAUCCACUGACGGCGAGGAUAUAAUCACGUCACCCUACAGUCUCUGGACCAAGGGGUACGGCGCCACCGCAGCGGCGGCGGCAGCAGCAUCAUCAAAGCAAUCCUCGCCGGCACCCAGCGGUACAUCCUCUCGAGUCUCAUUUGCAAUCAAGGACACACCGGCCUUUUCGAAGCGGAGCCGGGCUGGCAGCAAGCCGAAACCGGUGCCACUGCACCUGCACGACGGCAAGGCGGCAGAGGAUCACAUCAAGACGCCGUAUCCGGAGCAGCCACUUGCAUCAGCAGCAGCAGCAGCAGCAGCAGCGUCCACCACAAUGAUUAGUUCUUGGGAUUACGACGACGACGACAAUGGCCAUGCUGCAAAGGACAAGCAGCCCAAGAGGACGAGCUGGGGCAGGUCCUCGGAGAGAAACAGCGGCGCCAAGGAGACCAGCGAGGGAGGCAGUAGCAGUAAUAAUACUGGUAGCAGCAGGUCAAGGGCCAUGGGCAAGCUGGUGUCGCGGGUCAAGCACGCCGGGGGAGACGUUAUUUCGAAAUUUUCCUUUUCGUCUGAAGAGGCCAAGAGAGAAAAGAGGAUUGAAGAGUUGAGAGGAAAAAUACAACACCAUAAUCCGCGGCAGGAGCAGCAGAAUAGAUCUUAA